CGUGAGAGCCUUUUCUUCCAGGCAUAGUUGAUGAAGCUUCAGUCCUUCACUUUUGUUCUGUAAGGAAUGAAAAGUUUGAAACAAUCUGUCUCAGACAGAGCUCAGGCCGGUUGUAGUUAAUUCACCAGAGUGCUCUUCAACAUAUUUGAGAUGGUCCGUGAACAGUACAGCACGGCCACGGACGGUGCCCACAUAGAGAGGCCAGAGGACCAGGACGUCUACAGCAUCGGCAUUUACGGCUGGAGGAAGCGCUGCCUCUACUUAUUUGUUCUUCUUUUACUCGUCAUCCUCGUUGUGAACUUUGCUCUUACAAUUUGGAUUCUUAAAGUGAUGUGGUUUUCUCCAACAGGAAUGGGUCACUUGCAUGUAACACAGGAUGGACUUCGCCUGGAAGGGGAAUCGGAAUUUUUAUUCCCAUUGUAUGCCAAAGAAAUACACUCCAGAGUGGACUCAUCUCUGCUUCUACAGUCAACUCAGAAUGUGACUGUAAAUGCGCGCAACUCAGAAGGGGAAGUCACAGGCAGGUUAAAAGUGGGUCCCAAAAUGGUAGAAGUCCAGAGUCAGCAGUUUCAGAUCAACUCCAAAGAUGGCAAGCCGCUCUUCACUGUGGAUGAAAAGGAAGUUGUGGUUGGCACAGAUAAACUUCGAGUAACUGUAUUCCCUAAAGAGGAAAGUCUGCACAGUGUGAGAAAGACUCCUGAGAUCCUUUUGGAACCAAGACGGAGAGAUACAAAUUACUUGCAAGCUGCAUCUACAGCCGCUAAGCCAGGGACAUGCCCCAAGCCAGGGGUGGGGGCUAAGACAGGCACAGCCGACCUAGGGCCUGAAGGAGCACUCUUUGAACAUUCAGCGGAGACACCUCUGGUCAGAGCCGACCCCUUUCAAGAUCUUAGGUUAGAAUCCCCCACACGGAGCCUACGCAUGGAUGCCCCAAGGGGUGUUCAUAUUAAAGCUCAUGCUGGCAAAAUCGAGGGCCUUUCUCAAAUGGAUAUCAUUUUUCACAGUAGUGAUGGAAUGCUUGUACUUGAUGCUGAAACCGUGUGUUUACCCAGGUUGGUGCAGGGGACUCAAGGUCCCUCUGGCAGCUCGCAGAGACUCUAUGAGAUCUGUGUGUGUCCAGAUGGAAAGCUGUACCUGUCUGUGGCUGGAGUGGGCACCACGUGCCAGCAGCACAGCCAUGCCUGUCUCUGAGGAGCGCUUCAGCCUUCCCACUCGCUAAGGGGCACGGUGCCCACCUGUAGACCCAGCCGGUGCAGGGGACAGAGGACACACUUGCCAGAGGGACUGAGACAGAAAAAUGUACCAGGGAGUGUUUGGACAAAACUACAUGACCUCAAAAUGGCACGUGGAUGUUAGACACAAAAGUAGAAUAUCAAAAGACUGUGUUCAUUCCACCGCACUAACUUUCUUCAGAAUAAUUUCAACUUUUCCUCACCUCCCUUCCAUCUCUUGUACAUGUCAGCGUACAAUGAAAUGCUGAGUUGCUGUGUGGAACUAAUUUAUGAUGUUUGGCUGGGAAUAUGUAAUGCCCUGUAAAAGUAGCACUAGUCAAUACUAAAAUGCCCCCGAAGCUUUGUACAGUGUUUGCUUUCUGUCACGCAGACCUCAAGUCCUUCCUUCAGUUUAAUACAAAGUAUGUCAGGUUUCACAAGAAAAUCUUCAGGUUUUGAAAGGACUUUGGGGUUGAUCUGAUUUUUAAUAUGUAGUCAAAGGAAUAAAUUACACAAAAUAAGUCAUGCUUUCUAUAUAUUAUAUAGUCAAUGAGCAAUAAAAGUCAACCUACAUUUUUCACAGA